AUGAAACUGGAGUUCACGCAGUACAACGGAGAGGGAUUCAAAGUAGGGUUGCUGCCCUGCGACGGCAAGAACGUCUACUGGUUCUUCACUUGGUCUUCCAACGGAGAGAAAGAGACAAUCCAUGACGCCAUGAUGGUGAAAGAGCUUGUGCUUGGCAAGAUGAAAGCCUCUAAAAUUCCAGAACAAGUCAUCGGAAUCAUAGAAAAGAGCGAGCUGAGCAGCGUGGCAUCCACCCCAUUAAGAUUUAGAUCGCCAUUAAACUUGCUGAGUGUAAACAUGUGCAAGGGAAACACCUGCGUGACAAGGGAUGCGUUCCACCCCAUGACUCCCGACCUCAACCAAGGAAGCUACUGGCCAGGUGUUUGGAGAAAGCUCUCUGCGGAGGAGUCAAUGGAAAGUAACAAUUGGUUUCUGCGUCCGGUGAGUGACAGAGUCCUAGCUGGUUUCAUGGCUGAGAGGCUGCUCAUUGCUGCAAACUUCGAUUGCGGCAAAUUGUAA